UGAUUGAAUAUAGUCUCAGUUUGUCAUCGCAAUUUAGAAUGUUUUCUACAAAGCGUAAGUACUCUAUAAAAGUGAUAUCGAUUAUUCAUAUCAGUGGAUUGCUGUUCAUCGAAAUGAUCACACAAUGGUGGUUCUUCUUGGUGCUGUGUCACGGACUUAUUGCACAGAUAAAAUGUUUGUUUCGCACACGCGAAAUAUUUCCACCCGAUACGGAUCCCAAUUUAUUGGUCGAAAAUUUAGUGAGAAAAGACAAUUACUCUUUUGAAAUUCAUCACGUGACAACUGAGGACGGAUACAUACUAGCCUUGCAUCGGAUACCGCCUGCUGAAAGAAGUGCUCGAAAUCAGCGAGUGGUGUUGAUUAUGCACGGAUUGUUAGGAUGUUCGACAGAUUGGAUAAUAACCGGCCAGAAUCGAUCGCUCGCUUAUCUUUUGUCCGACAACGGUUACGAUGUGUGGUUGGGCAACAACCGCGGGACCACGAACUCGAAAAACCACACGAGUCUUUCUCUAGAAAGUUCCGAUUUUUGGAAUUUCAGUUUUCACGAAAUGGGUAUUUACGAUUUGCCGGCAAUGAUAGAUUACAUAUUACAUCAAACCGGCCAGAGGCAAUUGUUCUACAUAGGCUUCUCUCAAGGAACAUCGCAAUUUUGGAUUCUAACGUCUCUCAAACCAGAAUAUAACAGAAAAAUUAAACUCAUGAGCGCUUUAGCUCCCGUGGCUUAUAUGGGAAAUACUGGUGGUAUAUUAAAACCUCUAAGUGUUUUCGGAAAUUUUCAGGGACUUUUCAAAUACAUCGGAUAUUUCGAACUGCUCGCAAAUACAAAAAAGGAGAAACUUCUGACCUAUGAAUUAUGUCGGGAAGGCUUAAUUACUCAACCUCUUUGUGAAUUUAUUAUUUAUAUGAUCGGAGGUAUUAGUGGACCCGGCGAAACGGAUCACUCCCACUUGGCGGACUAUUUGCAAUUCGCACCAGCGGGAUGUUCAAUCAAGCAAUUGCUUCACUUUUCGAUGGGUAUUCUACAUCCAGAAACCUUUCGGUUAUACGAUUACGGCAUCCUGCUAAAUUUUAAACUUUACAAGCGAUUUGUGCCGCCGGAAUAUCCUCUGUACAAAGUUACAGCCCCGGUGAUAUUGUACAACGGCUUGAACGAUUUUCUCUCAGCUCCGAAAGUAAACAAAAGUGACGUCGAUCUUUUAAGCAAACGAUUACCGAAUCUAUUAGAGAAGCACACGGUAACGGUUAAACGCAUAAGUCAUUUCGAUUUCGUAUACGGUAAAAACAUAAGAGAACUCGUUUACUACUAUCUUGUCGAAAGAAUGAAUAAUAUGCUGUAAAACGCUCACAAUGUUGUUGCAAUUGAAUAACUGGACAAUUUUAUAUCGGCGAUUUUUUAAUCCAGUGUUCCCGAAAUUCACGUCUAUGCGAGCGCCAAAUAACGCAACUGCAUAGAAUUUUCCUGUUUCGUGCGCACGUAUCUGAUCUCAAAACUUGACCAAACAUUAACUUCGUCUCUACGAUUGGAUUUUAAAGCCAUUGUGACAUUUUCGAGAGGCUUGAUUUCGUAUUUUGGUGUAUCAAUCUAUAUAUAGAACACGGAUUCCGAUUCAAAUGUAAUUAUGAAAAUACGCACAAAUACACACACACAUGCACGUACACGCGUAUAUCUGUGCGUGCAAAGUAUAUUGUUUAAAGGGAAAAGUUUUGCAUACAUUAACUAAUAAUAUUUGUAACACACGUAGACUUAGAGAGAGAGAAUAUAUGACUAUAUUUAUUUUA